AGGAGGAGGAGGAGGAGUUGCUGCCCUUCCGGAGUCCGCCCCGUGAGGAGAAUGUCCCAGAAAUCCUGGAUAGAAAGCACUUUGACCAAGAGGGAAUGUGUAUAUAUUAUACCAAGUUCCAAAGACCCUCACAGAUGCCUUCCAGGAUGUCAAAUUUGUCAGCAACUUGUCAGGUGUUUUUGUGGUCGCUUGGUCAAGCAACAUGCUUGUUUUACCGCAAGUCUUGCCAUGAAAUACUCAGAUGUGAAAUUGGGUGACCAUUUUAAUCAGGCAUUAGAAGAAUGGUCUGUGGAAAAGCAUACAGAACAGAGCCCAACAGAUGCUUAUGGAGUCAUAAAUUUUCAAGGGGGUUCUCAUUCCUACAGAGCUAAAUAUGUCAGACUAUCAUAUGACACCAAAACUGAAGUCAUUCUGCAACUUCUGCUUAAAGAAUGGCAAAUAGAAUUACCCAAACUUGUUAUCUCUGUACAUGGGGGCAUGCAGAAAUUUGAGCUUCACCCACGAAUCAAGCAGUUGCUUGGAAAAGGUCUUAUUAAAGCUGCAGUUACAACUGGAGCCUGGAUUUUAACUGGAGGAGUAAACACAGGUGUGGCCAAACAUGUUGGUGAUGCCCUCAAAGAACAUGCUUCCAGAUCAUCUCGGAAGAUUUGCACUAUUGGAAUAGCUCCAUGGGGAGUGAUUGAAAAUAGAAAUGAUCUUGUUGGGAGAGAUGUGGUUGCUCCUUAUCAAACCUUAUUGAACCCUCUGAGCAAAUUGAAUGUUCUGAAUAAUCUACAUUCCCAUUUCAUAUUGGUGGAUGAUGGCACUGUUGGAAAGUAUGGGGCAGAAGUCAGGCUGAGAAGAGAACUUGAAAAAACUGUUAAUCAGCAAAGAAUUCAUGCUAGAAUUGGUCAAGGUGUCCCUGUGGUGGCACUUAUAUUUGAAGGUGGGCCAAAUGUUAUCCUCACAGUUUUGGAAUACCUUCAGGAAAGUCCUCCUGUUCCAGUUGUCAUAUGUGAGGGAACAGGCAGAGCUGCAGAUCUACUAGCGUAUAUUCAUAAACAAACAGAAGAAGGAGGGAAUCUUCCUGAUGCAGCAGAACCUGAUAUUAUUUCAACCAUCAAAAAAACAUUUAACUUCGGCCAGAGUGAAGCAGUUCAUUUAUUUCAGACAUUGAUGGAGUGCAUGAAAAGAAAGGAGCUUAUCACUGUUUUUCACAUUGGAUCAGAUGAACAUCAAGAUAUAGAUGUAGCGAUACUUACUGCACUGCUUAAAGGCACUAAUGCAUCUGCAUUUGACCAGCUCAUCCUUACAUUGGCAUGGGAUAGAGUUGACAUUGCCAAAAAUCAUGUAUUUGUUUAUGGACAACAGUGGCUGGUUGGAUCCCUGGAACAAGCUAUGCUUGAUGCUCUUGUAAUGGAUAGAGUUGCAUUUGUAAAACUUCUUAUUGAGAAUGGAGUAAGCAUGCAUAAAUUCCUUACCAUUCCUAGACUGGAAGAACUUUACAACACUAAACAAGGUCCAACUAAUCCAAUGCUAUUUCAUCUUGUUCGAGAUGUCAAGCAGGGAAAUCUUCCUCCAGGAUAUAAGAUCACCCUAAUUGAUAUAGGACUUGUUAUUGAAUAUCUUAUGGGAGGAACCUAUAGAUGCACCUAUACUCGGAAACGUUUUCGAUUAAUAUAUAAUAGUCUUGGUGGAAAUAAUCGGAGGUCUGGCCGAAAUACCUCAAGUGGCACUCCUCAAUUGCGAAAGAGUCAUGAAUCUUUCGGCAAUAGGGCAGACAAAAAGGAAAAAACAAGACACAAUCAUUUCAUUAAAACAGCGCAGCCAUACCGACCAAAGAUUGAUACAGCUUUGGAAGAAGGAAAGAAGAAAAGAACCAAAGAUGAAAUUGUAGAUAUUGAUGAUCCAGAAACCAAGCGCUUUCCUUAUCCACUUAAUGAACUGUUAAUUUGGGCUUGCCUUAUGAAGAGGCAGGUCAUGGCCCGAUUUUUGUGGCAGCAUGGUGAAGAAUCAAUGGCUAAAGCAUUAGUUGCCUGUAAAAUCUAUCGUUCAAUGGCCUAUGAAGCAAAGCAGAGUGACCUGGUUGAUGAUACUUCAGAAGAAUUGAAACAGUAUUCCAAUGAUUUUGGUCAACUAGCAGUUGAAUUACUAGAACAAUCCUUCAGACAAGAUGAAACCAUGGCUAUGAAAUUGCUCACUUAUGAACUGAAAAACUGGAGUAAUUCCACCUGCCUUAAGUUAGCAGUUUCUUCAAGACUAAGGCCUUUUGUAGCCCACACCUGUACACAAAUGUUGUUAUCUGAUAUGUGGAUGGGAAGGCUGAAUAUGAGGAAAAAUUCCUGGUACAAGGUUAUAUUAAGUAUCUUAGUUCCACCUACCAUAUUAAUGCUAGAAUAUAAAACGAAGGCUGAAAUGUCUCAUAUUCCACAAUCUCAAGAUGCCCAUCAAAUGACAAUGGAAGAUAGUGAAAACAACUUUCAAAACAUCACAGAAGAGAUUCCUAUGGAAGUAUUUAAAGAAGUAAGAAUAUUGGACAGCAAUGAAGGAAAGAAUGAAAUGGAGAUACAAAUAAAAUCAAAAAAGCUUCCAAUCACACGAAAGUUUUAUGCCUUUUAUCAUGCACCAAUUGUGAAAUUCUGGUUUAACACGUUGGCUUACUUAGGAUUUCUGAUGCUUUAUACAUUUGUAGUUCUUGUACAAAUGCAACAAUUACCUUCAGUUCAAGAAUGGAUUGUUAUUGCUUAUAUUUUUACCUAUGCUAUUGAGAAAGUCCGUGCGAUCUUUAUGUCUGAAGCUGGAAAAAUAAGCCAGAAGAUUAAAGUGUGGUUUAGUGAUUACUUCAAUAUCAGUGAUACAAUUGCCAUAAUUUCUUUCUUCAUUGGAUUUGGACUAAGAUAUGGAGCCAACAGGAACUUUACGAAUGCAUAUGAUAAUCAUGUUUUUGUGGCUGGAAGGUUAAUUUACUGUCUUAACAUAAUAUUUUGGUAUGUGCGUUUGCUAGAUUUUCUAGCUGUAAAUCAACAGGCAGGACCUUAUGUAAUGAUGAUUGGAAAAAUGGUGGCAAAUAUGUUCUACAUUGUAGUGAUUAUGGCUCUUGUAUUACUUAGUUUUGGUGUUCCCAGAAAAGCAAUACUUUAUCCUAAGGAAGAACCAUCUUGGACUCUUGCUAAAGAUAUAGUUUUUCAUCCAUAUUGGAUGAUUUUUGGGGAAGUUUACGCAUAUGAAAUUGAUGUGUGUGAAAAUGAUUCUCCUAAUUCUACACUCUGUGGUCCUGGGACGUGGUUGACUCCAUUUCUUCAAGCAGUCUACCUCUUUGUACAGUAUAUCAUUAUGGUCAAUCUUCUUAUUGCAUUUUUCAACAAUGUGUAUUUACAAGUGAAGGCAAUUUCCAAUAUUGUAUGGAAGUACCAACGUUAUCAUUUCAUUAUGGCUUAUCAUGAGAAACCAGUUCUGCCUCCACCACUUAUCAUUCUCAGCCAUAUAGCUUCUCUGUUUUGCUGCAUAUGUAAAAGAAGAAAAAAAGAUAAGACUUCAGAUGGACCAAAACUUUUUUUAACAGAAGAAGAUCAAAAGAAACUUCAUGAUUUUGAAGAGCAGUGUGUUGAGAUGUAUUUUAAUGAAAAAGAUGACAAAUUCAAUUCUGGGAGUGAAGAGAGAAUUCGUGUAACUUUUGAAAGAGUGGAGCAAAUGUGCAUUCAGAUGAAAGAAGUUGGAGAUCGAGUCAACUAUAUAAAAAGAUCAUUACAGUCAUUAGAUUCUCAAAUUGGCCAUUUGCAAGAUCUUUCGGCCCUGACUGUGGAUACAUUAAAAACACUCACUGCUCAGAAAGCUUCGGAAGCUAGUAAAGUUCACAAUGAAAUUACACGAGAAUUGAGCAUUUCCAAACAUUUGGCUCAAAACCUUAUUGAUGAUGGUCCUGUAAGACCUUCUGUAUGGAAAAAGCAGGGUGUUGUAAAUACCCUUAGUUCCUCUCUUCCUCAAAGUAGUCUUGAAAGUAAUAACCCUUUUCUUUGUAAUAUUUUUAUGAAAGAUGAAAAAGAUCCCCAAUGUAACAUAUUGGGUCAGGAUUUACCUCUAAUUCCCCAGAGAACAGAAUUCCAUUUUCCAGAGGCUGGUUCCUCUUGUGGUGCCUUAUUCCAAAGUGCUGUUUCUCCUCCAGAACUGCGACAAAGACUACAGGGGGUAGAAACCUUAAAAAUAUUUAGUAAAAGUAAGUUAGGCAGGUCACCUAAUAGUAUACCACAUCUAUCAUCCCCACCAACCAAACUUUUUGUUAGUACACCAUCCCAGCCAAGUUGCAAAAGCCACUUGGAAACUGUAACCAAAGAUCAAGGAAUUGUUUGUUCUAAAGCUGCAGAAGGCGAUAAUAUAGAAUUUGGAGCAUUUGUGGGACACAGAGAGAGCAUGGAUUUACAGAGACUUAAAGAAACCUCAAAUAAGGAAGAAAUAUUCGAUGAUAUUCCUUCUGAAAACACUUUGAAACACCCGAGUUCUCAUGCUGGAUUUACUGAGUGUCACCAAACUUCUAUUCCUCUUCAUUCAGAACAAGUGAAAAGUAGCAGUAGAAGGCCAUCUACAGAAGAAACUCACGAAGUAGACUCCAAAGCAGCCUUACUACCGGAUUGGUUACAAGAUAGACCAUCAGACAGAGAAAUACCAUCUGAAGAAGGAACAUUAAAUGGUCUUGCUUCUCCAUUUAAGGCAGUUAUGGAUACACAUUACUAUUACUCAGCUGUGGAAAGAAAUAACUUGAUGAGAUUAUCCCAGAGCAUUCCAUUUACACCUGUGCCUCCAAGAGGUGAGCCCGUCACAGUGUAUCGCUUGGAAGAGAGUUCGCCCAGCAUAUUGAAUAACAGCAUGUCUUCUUGGUCACAGUUAGGCCUCUGUGCCAAAAUAGAGUUUUUAAGUAAAGAAGAGAUGGGAGGAGGUUUACGGAGAGCUGUCAAAGUACAGUGUACCUGGUCAGAACAUGAUAUCCUCAAAUCAGGGCAUCUUUAUAUUAUCAAAUCUUUUCUUCCUGAGGUGAUUAACACAUGGUCAAGUAUUUACAAAGAAGAUACAGUUCUACAUCUCUGUCUUAGAGAAAUUCAGCAACAGAGAGCAGCACAAAAGCUCACAUUUGCCUUCAACCAAAUGAAACCCAAAUCCAUACCAUAUUCUCCGAGGUUCCUUGAAGUUUUCCUGCUGUAUUGCCAUUCAGCAGGACAGUGGUUUGCUGUGGAAGAAUGUAUGACUGGAGAAUUUAGAAAAUACAAUAAUAAUAACGGUGAUGAGAUUAUUCCAACUAAUACACUGGAAGAGAUCAUGUUAGCCUUUAGCCACUGGACUUAUGAAUAUACAAGAGGGGAGUUGCUGGUACUUGAUUUACAAGGCGUGGGUGAAAAUUUGACUGACCCAUCUGUGAUAAAAGCGGAAGAAAAGAGAUCCUGUGAUAUGGUUUUUGGCCCAGCAAAUCUAGGAGAAGAUGCAAUAAAAAACUUUAGAGCCAAACAUCACUGUAAUUCUUGCUGUAGAAAGCUUAAACUUCCAGACCUGAAGAGGAAUGACUAUACACCUGAUAAAGUUAUAUUUCCUCAGGAUGAGCCUUCAGAUUUGACUCUUCAGCCUGGAAAUUCCACCAAAGAAUCAGAAUCAACUCAUUCUGUUCGUCUGAUGUUAUAACUGAAUCAUUGGUUUUGCCUACAACUCACAACAAUGUUACUGUGUCACUUUUCAUUCAGGAGGAAAUUGUUUGGUAAUACAGAAAAGUGUGUCCAAAUUGAAUACUGUACUAGUUCUGGAACAGUUAAAAGGUCAAAUCUUUUUUGUUUUUGUUUUUCGUUUUUUCACCAAUUAAACUAGUCAGUCAGAAACUCCCUAUAGGAUACAGCUAGCUAGCAGCUGUUAAAAUUUAAAGGUAAAAGAAAAUUAGUAUUUGUAACUUCUUAAAAGCAGAGGACUUUAUUUGACUUUGUUCUGAUGAGGGUGAUCUCUCUCAUGUAGUGCAAUACCAUUAACCAAAGUUAGGUGUCAGUGCAGAUGUUACUUGCUGCUGCUUGACUGCCAUUCAGCUACCGAAAUGAAGCAAUCACCCAGCCUUUGGGUUAAAUGGCACUCAGACAUCUUCCUCAGUGUGUUUUAGGGUGUUAGUGAUGGUUCACUAGUUUGCAGCUAGAUGCUUUUUGGCCAUAGGAAAGGUGAUGACUUGUUAUAAUUCUAGAUCCACAGUUAAAAAAAAAUAAAAAUAAACCCAAGCAUUUUCUAAGAGAGACUUUAUGAAUCAGGGUUAGGUUCCAUAAUUAAAGAUAGAGCCAAUUUUUUGUCAAAUAGAGCCGAAAUUGUGCAGAAGUAUAAGUGGGUUUUUUAAGCAUUGUUUUAUGAAGUUAUUAUAAGUAGAAGAAAGCCACGUAGACUUCUUUAACCUAAAUAUAUCAAAGGAGAAACUUAACUCAUUGUUCAAGAGAAGUUACCUUGUGAGAAAAGUUAAAGUACUUUUUUACUAUUUAUAGUUCUAGUGGCAACCUGGAAGUUACAUAUUUCUCCAAAGAUUAUGUUGACCAGUAUAUCAAAUCAGAAUGUAAACAUGAACUCUUGCAUAUAUUUAAAAUUGUGUAAAAGUAACCAAACAUGAAUUUUUUUGUGGUACUUAUUUAAGAAAUUGAGUUAGAUUAUCAUGUCGGGAGAUUGCAAUGCAACUUUAUGCUAAUAAAAUGUAAUUUAACUGCCCCAGAUAUUGUUGAAUCCUCAACAACAAGAAAAGCUUUUCAUCUGACUAAAGUUUUAUGCUUUGAUAUUUUUUUUCAUUUUGUUUUGUUUUCCUAGGUACUAAUUUUAAUUUUUAUUGGGAGAGAGCAGUGUAAAUCUUACUUGUAUUCAGUAGUGUAUCUCAUAGAUACAGACAAGGCAAGAAGAGAAAUAAACUGUUAAAAUAAGUGUUUAAUAUUGAUGGGGGGAGAAAAAUGUAUUAAAAGAUAUUAUACUAUAUACAUUUUGUAUAUCAUUAAAUCUUUAAAAGAAAUUAAAUUUAUUCUUGUUUACA